AUGGCGAACCGAAUGAGCGAUAUGGGAAUGGACGUGCAGAUCAACAGAAGGCUGAACAGUAAAUACGAUGCAGAGAGUGAACGGGAAGCUAUUGGCUGGGUGAACAAACUCACUGGUGAGAACGUCCCACUUGGACGAGAGAACGUAUGCGCCAACCUGAAGAACGGUCAGACCUUGAUCAAGUUGAUCAAUACAGUCUAUGAUGGAACAGCGCAGCUUCCACAAGAGGCCGCCCGAAUGAGGAGGCCGUUCAAAGCAAACACCAUGACUGCACCUUUCAAGCAAAUGGAAAACAUUCAGACCUUCUUGAACGCUGCCGCAGCUUAUGGAGUCCCUCGGGCCAGUUUGUUUCAAACGGUAGAUCUGUACGAAGCACGUAAUAUGGCACAAGUAUUGAACACUCUUCUACAACUAGGAACGGAGUGCCAACGCAAUAACUUCAGUGGUGAAACGUGUGGCCCAAAGCCCACCUACGAGAACAAGAGAGAGUUCACUGAGGAACAGUUGCGUGCCUCUGAGGGCAUUAUAGGCCUACAAGCUGGAACCAACAAAUUAGCCAGUCAAGCCGGAAUGAGCCACGGCGGGCCGCGCCACAUCACCGAUAUCAAGGUGGAUCAAGCAAGCAAGGAGGGCUUGUCGGUUAUCGGACUUCAAAUGGGUUCAAACAAGGGAGCCACUCAGGCGGGUAUGAGUCAUGGAGGCCCUCGUCACAUUACUGACAUCAAGGUGGACCAGGCAAGUAAGGAGGGUCAAGCAGUAAUAGGACUUCAGAUGGGAUCAAACAAAGGUGCCACUCAGGCAGGUAUGAGUCAUGGAGGUCCCCGUCACAUCACUGACAUCAAAGUUGACGCCGCCAGUAAGGAGGGUCAAGGUGUCAUUGGUUUGCAGAUGGGUUCAAACAAAGGAGCAAGUCAAAGUGGCAUGAGUUAUGGGGCGCAGAGACACAUUGCAGACAUUAAAGUGGGUGAAAUGUCCAAGGACAGUGCAGGUAUCAUUGGAUUGCAGAUGGGUCCGGCCAAAGAUAAAGUUGCUUCGCAGUCGGGGAUGAGCUUUGGGGCACAACGUCAUAUAGUCGAUAGUCACUGA